GCCCAACUAACAGAGAACCAAGACCCCACCAAAAGUCAGGCGAAAGCACAGCAAGAGACCACCAUCAGCCAAGAACAAUCCUCCCGUUGCUAAUAAAACCCUAACGCAGCGGCGCGCACCACCUGCUCAUGCCCGUCCAUCUCCUCCCGUUCCGCAUUGGCCUCCUCUCGUCGGUCCCCUCCAUGUCCAGGGCGCGGCCCGCCUCCAGCCUCAUCCGCGCCUCCCGCCCGGAGCUCAACCCAGCUGAAAGUGUAAGACAAGUGAAGCGUGAAUCCAGUCUUUCUUUUGACAACACCAACUCUGAAAUGAACUCCGGCAAGAGGAAAAGGCUGAACCGGGUGCUUGAAGUAAAGGUGGAGCAUCCUGAUAAGAAGGUUGGUAUUGUUCCUGACUUUGCAAAAUUUCGAUAUGACAAGAACGAGGCAAAAGCAUCAACAUCUACAAGGAGGGUACUGGCAUCAUCAAGUGUAAGAGAAGUGAAGCGUGAACCCAGUGUUUCUUUUGACAAGUCUGAAAUGAAUCCUGUGAAUAAUAAAAGGUUGAACCGGGUGCUUGAAGUAAAGAGGGAGUAUCCUAAUAAGCAGGUUGGUAUUGUUCCUGAUAUUGAAGACUUUCGAUAUGACAAGUUCGAGACAAAAGAAUCAGCAUCUACAAAGAGGGUACCGGCAUCAUCAAUCAGGUUGGAGAAAACGGUCAGAGUUUCAUCUGUUGUGAAAGUGGAAGUUGCCGCUCCAGAAAAUUGGGAAGUGGUUCUUGGAGGUAUUAAAAGCAUGAGGUUAUCAGGCGAAGCCCCUGUAGAUACAAUGGGCUGUGAAAAGGCUGGUUCUCUUCUUCCGCCCAAGGAAAAAAGGUUUGCAGUUUUGAUAUCAACUAUGAUGUCAAGCCAAACAAAAGAUGAAGUUACACAUGCUGCUGUGGAGCGAUUCUCUGAGAAUGGUUUACUUGACCCUGAUGCUAUCGUCAAAACUGAUGUGGCCACACUAGCAAAUCUUAUCAAACCUGUUGGAUUCUAUCAGAGAAAGGCCCAAUUCAUAAAAGAAGCUUCUAAAAUUUGCCUUGAGCGAUUUGGAGGGGAUAUUCCAGAUACUUUGACCGAUCUGCUUGCUCUUAAAGGAGUUGGCCCUAAAAUGGCUCAUCUGGUGAUGAGCAUCGCAUGGAAGAAUACUCAAGGAAUCUGUGUGGACACUCAUGUGCAUCGCAUUUCUAACCGUCUUGGAUGGGUCUUCCGAGAAGGAACAAAGCAGAAAACUACAACACCAGAGCAAACAAGGAUGUCUCUUGAGAAGUGGUUACCAAAGGAUGAGUGGGAGCCUAUAAACCCACUACUGGUUGGAUUUGGUCAGACAAUCUGUACACCACUGAGGCCCAAAUGUGAUGGCUGUGGCAUAAACACCAUUUGCCCAUCAGCUUUUAAGGAAUCAUCGAGUCCCAAUCCGAAGCAAAAGAAACGUGGUCUAGGUAGAACUUAAUCUGGGGUGCUCUCUGAACCUUUGUAGAUGCGUUAGUUACUGAUCUGUUUUGGAAGGUGUAAUUUCGUGGGUUCUUUUGGUCGUCCUAUUGUUUGGAUAGUAUCCUUUUGCCAGUGCCAUUGGAGAACUAUGUAUCAUCAUUUUGUACAGAAGCAAGAUGUCACGUAGGAAUGUAUCGACCCUGUAAAAGUUGCAGCAUGAUUUGUGGUAGCUGAAAAUGCAAUGGAAAAAUUGACGUUUAAUAUUGUA